AUGUCCAUGAACGAACUGAGACAGAAAUGGGCUCUAGUGACUAUCGCUACAGGCACAGAAGAGUUUUGCAACCACUGUGACACUCCUGAUCACUCAUCUAUCCGACGUGCGCUGGGUAUUCUUCGUAAAGGCAUUCCAAAAGCCUUUUGUGGUUCUCCUUGGACCGGACCGCGUUGCCACUGCUUGGAGUCGGUGUCAACGAAGAAGUACCGCAAGAUAUUAGCGAAAUGGCGUGAAGUUUUCGUUCAUGUACAAAAUGAGUUCAACAGCCUAAACCACACAACGUUCGGAGUGCUGGCGAUCCCUCGACUUCCAAUUCAUUCUAGGAACCCGGAAUCUCUGUUAGUGCCAGGAAAAACGGUGCUGAACAGAAAAGGACAUACUUAUGCGGCGAAAUGGAUGUGGAACCGACUUAUAAGUGGUCCGAGCUUCAACUUUUCGAGCUCUAUCUUUUCUCAGGACGCUUACUACUGCCCUUCUGUGGGUUGCCCUUAUUUUCGAACUGUACAAAACCUUGAACGGUGCAGCGUAAUUUCCGAAUCAGAAUAUCAGCGAAUACAUGCGACGACACGAAGUCCGCGAAACGGAACUACUAAGGUAAGGAUCCUGUCGAUGCUUCGAUUCAGUCACGGAUAA